CCACUGUGACUCUUUGUCUCCAUUCCAUUUCUCAUUCUUUCUUCUGUUCGUUGUUGGCCUUCAAAGGACCACACCCUCUCCUUGUGGCUCUCAAUUCUCUUCUCCAAUUUUCUUGGCCUUCACACUCUCUUCUUUCAUUUUCUUACUCUCUCUUUCACUCCAUCAACCUAAUUUAUUAGCUGCUGCUUCUUCUCCUUCCGCACAAAUUCCCUCUCUUUUUGUUUCCAUAGAACUGAGAUAUUUCAAGUGUGAUGAAGACCAGGCAUACAUGAUUCUUUUCUUGAUAUUCUGAUGGCACUUACUGCAAACAAAAUUUCAAGUGGUCCUAUUGUGACUCAUAAAACAACUCUUUGUAGAUCACACGAAAAACAUUCUUCUUCCAUGUCCACAAGGAUCAACAGAAUAAAGCCUCCAGGGCAUGGAUUAGAACAUGGAUAUAUGAACCAAAGAUGUUUCCUCACAGGGAGAUCAACCUUUCUCAAUGACCGGAUUUUGAUCAUCAAUGGAAAAUCAGAUAGGUCAAUCUCGAAAAAAUAUUCUAUUUUAUGUAAAUCACCUGGAGCAAACAAUACGGAAGAGAAGGAUCGUGUUACAACUUAUGAUGACAUUUCUGAUUUAACUAGCAGACAUACCAAAGAUGAGAAAAUUGAUCGCAUUCAUUCUGUUCGUGGCUUGGCUGAAGCUUGUAAGUUCGUUCAUAAUGAUGCAAAGUACGUCAAUGAAAGGGCUCGCAAUGACAUUGUCUUGCUCUCACGGUACUUCCUAGGCAUAAUGAGGUUGGAUGCUCGAGCGCGCCAAGAUGUUGCUUUUCUAGGGACAGAAUUUCUCAAGCUUGAUGCUCGGGCAAGAGAGGACACUGAGAAAAUUGAUCGUGAUGUCAAGGAGAAAGCUAAACGGCUUAAUAGCAUUGCUGCUAUAAUAAAAGAUAAAGCUCGGUCCAGAUUGAAAAGUGCUGCUGAUGAGCAUUGGAGUGAUGGGGCCUUAGAGGCUGAUUUACGUCUUGCUGAUUUCCGUGCUAAGCAGCGUGCUAUGGAAGAUGCCCUUAUGGCCUUGGAGUUCAUAGUAAACAUCCAUGACAUGAUGGUGAGCAAGAUGUAUAAAUUUCCUCUACGUAGAGAUAAAAGAUCUCUUUCAGCUAAUAAUAGAAGAGGUCGUAUAAGGCUUGAAAAGAAUGGAAAAUCUGUAAAUUUCCUUCCCGGGGAUGUGACCACAGAACGGAUCGCUGCUCUUCAGGAAGCUUACUGGAUUAUGGCAUCAGCACUAUCUGAAGCAGAUGGAAUUGAUUACACCGACCCUGAAGAGCUUGAGUUGUUGGUUACCACUCUUAUAGACCUUGAUGCAAUGGAUGGUAAACAAAGUGUAUCGUUGUUGGCGGAGUGUUCCAGUUCUCCUGAUGACAGUACUCGACGAGCUUUAGCCAAUGCACUAGCAGCAGCACCAUCCAUGUGGACUCUUGGAAAUGCUGGGAUGGGGGCACUGCAGAUUGAUUUUUAUUGUCUUUGGUUCAUGUUGCAGAGACUGGCAGAAGACAGCAACCCAGCCAUUGCUGCUGCGGCAUCGAAAGCUAUUUAUGAACUGAAAAAACCCAGAUGAAAAAAUAUAUAUGGAAACAAACAUUGCAUUGUACAGCAUAGAUGCAUCCCACGGAUUGGAUUCUAACUAGUAUAUUAACCCCAACAUGAUCACUAGCAAGUGACCAUUGUGCUCCUCUAAAAGGGUGUGUUUGUGAGUUCGAGGUUUAAAAUUAAAAAGGAGAGCAGAGAAAGGUUUGUAGCUAGAAUGAUAUUAUUUUUCAAACUUUUCUAUUCCCUCCUUUUUUUUUUCCUCCUCAACCAAGAACACACCCUAGGAUACCAUUAGAUUGGUGAUAUGCGUAAUAAGAUGCAAAGCUUUCAUCACAAUUGCUUAGAUUUCAAUUUAUAAAUGUGCUUGUUUUCAUGCAAGUGUUCUAUAUGUACAAUGUACUAGAUUAAUUUCUUCCCACGGUGUUGGUUGAUAUAAACGUUAUUAUGGAAAAUGGGAUAGCCUGUUUCAACUU